UUAGAUGAUGAGAUGAAUCCAAAAAUUUCUGAUUUUGGCCUGGCAAGAAUGGUUGGUAUUAAUGAAACUAGAGGAAACACAAAUAGAAUUGUUGGAACAUUAGGUUAUAUGUCUCCAGAAUAUAUUAAGUUUGGACUAUUUUUUGAGAAAUCAGAUGUUUUCAACUUUGGGGUGAUGGUUUUAGAAAUUAUUAGUGGAAAGAAGAAUAUAAAUUCUCGUCAUGAAUAUCCUGAUUCUCAGUAUACUGAUGGACUAUUAAGUAAUGCUUGGAAGCAUUGGAGGGACGAAAAAUUGAUAGAGAUGUUGGAUCCAAGUCUGACAGAAGCUGGGUCACACAGUGAAAUAAUCAAAUGCAUCUAUAUCGGCUUGUUGUGUGUUCAAGGAAAUCCAGAAGUUAGGCCUUCCAUGAAUGAAGUUGUUCAAUAUCUAAGUAAUAAUUCAAUUCAAUUACCAAUUCCUCAAGAACCAGCAUUCUUCAUACACAGUCAAAUGGAACAGUAG